AACAAUGAUCAUUCAAGUUUCAACUGCAGUCCAGUGAAGACGACAAUAAUACAUAAAACUAAUCAAUAUACUUCAAUUAUGAUCGGAAAGAUGAGUUUGACCUUUAACUGUGCCAUUUUACUGGCUUGCGCCUGUCAAAUCAGUAUGGCAGGAGUGAUCGCUCCGGUUGUUGCAGCACCAUUAGCAGCAGCACCACUGCCAGCAGCAGCCCCUUUGGUUGGAUAUGCUCAUGCAGUUCCUCAUAAUAUUCCACCUCAUGCAUCAAGAGUUGAUAUCAGUACAAGAGCAUUAGCCGCGCCUUACGUUGUUGCUCCAGCUGUUUCGGCACCAAUAAUUUCAGCACCAACAGCUCCAGUAGUUGCGGCACAUCCUGGUUUCUUCGGUGCUCCAUUUGCAGCCUACAGAUCCGCGGCUAUUUUUGGUUAA